UCGGUGGUUUGCUUUCUUGGACCGUACCAAGAGCGGCGAGAGGGAGGACAAGGCUACCCGCAAUUUCUAUUUUAGAAGCCUUGGAAAGGGUUAAAAGCCUUUAUGUAAAUGAAAUUUAGGCGUUUUUCCCAACGGGCGGGCAGACGAGACCUUGACCAAGAAUUAUUACUUCGGGGUCGCCCUUGAGGAUGGUUUUUCAAAUCCCUCUCUCCCAUGUUGCCUUAGUUGGGCCGGUCCGAAGAUUAAGUUGCCUGUGUAGGGAAGCACCCAGAUCCGGGACAGAAGUCACAAUGAACUGCCGUUCAGAGAUGCUGGAGAUAUCAGUUGAAGGUCGCCAGAUUGAAGAAGCUAUGCUAGCACUUUUGCACACCAUAUUACUUCAUCGCAGCACAGGGAAAUUCCAUUACAAGAAAGAAGGAACCUAUUCGAUUGGGACAGUUGGCACACAAGAUGUUGAUUGUGACUUCAUUGAUUUCACCUAUGUCAGGGUUUCUUCUGAGGAACUUGACCGUGCACUGAGAAAGGCUGUUGGAGAAUUCAAGGAUGCAUUGCGAAACUCAGGCAGUGAUGGGAUGGGCCAAAUUUCCCUGGAGUUUUAUCAGAAGAAGAAAUCACGCUGGCCUUUCUCAGAUGAGUGCAUCCCUUGGGAAGUUUGGACGGUCAAGGUAAAUGUAGUGAGUCUGGCUAAUGAGCAGGAACGGCAGAUAUGUCAUGAAAAGGUGGGUGAGAAACUUUGUGAAAAGAUUAUCAACAUUGUAGAAGUGAUGAACCGACAUGAGUACCUGCCCAAGAUGCCUACCCAGUCAGAGGUGGAUAACGUCUUUGAUACAGGGCUGAGGGAUGUCCAGCCCUACUUAUACAAGAUUUCUUACCAAAUCACUGACUCACUUGGGACCUCUGUCACCACCACCAUGCGUCGCCUCAUCAAGGACACCCUGGCGCUCUGAUGUCCCAGGAUAUCAUGGACCAGACAUUUUUGAAAAGCAACAUAAGCAACUGGUUUUCUGCUCUCACCUAGCCCCAGAGCAACACAUCCAUUAUUCUUGGAAAAUUUUGGACUCUUGACAUCCAUACAUCCUGUUCUCAUUCACUAACUGUUACAGGUCGAGGCUAGAAUUAGCUUGUCCACCAGUUCACCAGAUCCCAACUUCUUUCAAUUGCAAUAGAGACGAGAAACCAAGAGUCCUCUUCAGUGUCCGUUUCUGUUAAACUAAAUUCCAUUAGAUGAACUACAGUGUGUCUAUGGGAAAAGAUGGCUUGCAUGCUUCAUAGGUAUUUUGGUAACAUCUAAUAUGCAUAA